GUCUCAACCAAAAUCUAUACAAUAUCUGUGUCACAGGCAGAAAUGAAGCAAAUUUCCUUAAUUUUUAUUGCAUCUUCUUUGGUUACGGCUCACGUAACUACGGAUUGGUCUAAAGUUUUACCUACCCGUGAAACAGCUUACAGAGGGCUCAGCCAGCUUGAAUCCUCCAAAGAUGUAAAGAUCGUGGGAGGGAAUGAAGCUGCACCAAACUCCAUACCAUACCAAGCCGGUAUGUUUCUUUAUUUCAAUGAAGGAUGGAAUUUCUGUGGAGGAUCCUUAAUCACCAGAAGAUACGUAUUAACAGCUGCGCAUUGUUUGGUGAAUAAACCUGUAUCGGUGGAAGUAAUUCUGGGUGCACACAAAAUUCGUCAAACUGAACCUACCCAACAACGCAUUCGAACUUCCACAUACAAAGUGCACGAACAGUAUAACAGUUUGCAGAAUGAUAUAGGCAUCGUCUCUCUUCCGACACCAGCUAAUCUCAAUCAGUAUGUUCAACUGAUUGCACUUCCCCGUAGAGCUGACAUUUCGAAUAGUUUCGCGGGAUCUGAGGCAAUAGCAAGUGGUUGGGGAUACACUUCUACUUCUGCUGCCGAUAUCAGUGACGUAUUGCGAUAUAUUAAUGUUCCCAUUAUAACAAACGACGUGUGUAAUGCAACAAUACCGGGCAUUACAGGCUCAAUGGUUUGUUCUGGAGGAGCGGGCAAUAAAGGGGUUUGUUAUGGAGAUUCAGGCGGACCUCUUAUGGCCAGUAGAAAAUUGGUUGGAAUUGCUAUAUCUAUAGGUCUCAAUGGUUGUGAAGCUGGAGACCCAUCCAUCUUUACUAGGGUAACAUCACAUUUAGACUGGAUCUCAGCAAACAGUGAUGCCGUAAUUUCUUAAAUGUUCCUUAAACAUCAAAGCAAAUUUUGAAAAUAAACAAUUAUGUAUUGAUAUUGA